AUGCAGCGCUUUACCUGCACUGUCGGCAAAUUGCCGGAGGAGUCUCUCUCCUACACCCAUUGUGCAUAUGUCCACCAGGACCUGUACAACGUGCUCAAGAGCACGUCGUUCAUGGCCUACGGCUCCGUAAACACCAUGAUCUUCUGUUUCAGGCAGCAUCCCGCGUGCGGGAGGAACGACAUCUUCCUCAACAGCUGCGCACGUCAACUUAUUUCGGCAUCGGUGGGAGAGACUGUGGAGGUGUCGCCGGUGGAUGACAACAGAAGAAGCGGGUUGUUCGGCAAGUCGGGCGACCCCCCCUUCAACAGAGCUGGUCGUAUAGUCUUCGAGGUCUCCUUUUUCAAGGCGACGAAGAAAGGCACUUGUAACACCGGUGCAGCUGUCCAGCAUGCCAUCAACUUCGACCACCUGGAGAUAGCAGUUCGAGAGUCGCUGCUGCAUCACGUCCUGCAUCUCACGCAGACCGUGGCCAUUUUGCAGGAGGGCGUCACCCUUCGCCUGCGGGUCACCAAUAUCGCACCGGAAGGCGGAGCCGCGGAUUCGGAGUCGGUCAACAUGCUAAUGCGUGGAUGCCUGGGCGAAGACACCAAGCUUGAUUUCCAGUACAUCGCCCCUGACGGCCGGCACCAUGCGAUACCCUCAAAGGACUCGGGGAUCCUCAAGCCAAACUUCAAAUUCGAAGAGAUGGGGAUCGGAGGCCUCGACAACGAAUUCGCUGCAAUCUUCCGACGAGCCUUCGCGUCACGAAUCUACCCGCCGGAGCUGCUUAAGCAAUUGGGCAUAUCGCACGUUAAAGGAAUGCUGCUGUACGGUCCGCCGGGUACCGGAAAGACGCUUAUUGCCCGCCAGCUGUCUAAGGCGCUCAACUGCCACAAACCCAAGAUCGUUAACGGCCCAGAAGUUAUGAGCCGUUUCUUCGGUCAAUCUGAGGAGAACAUCCGAAACCUGUUCAAGGAUGCGGAGGAGGAGUAUGCGCGUGCAGGCGAGAGAUCAAGUCUGCAUAUCAUCAUUUUCGAUGAAAUAGACUCGAUUUGCCAACGCAGGGGCACCGACACCUCGGGUACCGGCGCCCGCGACAGCAUCGUAAACCAGCUGCUGUCCAAGAUCGACGGUAUCGACGCGCUCAACAACAUCCUGCUCAUCGGCAUGACGAACCGCAUAGACAUGAUCGACGAGGCUUUGCUGCGUCCUGGACGCUUCGAGGUGCACAUUGAAGUCGGGCUGCCUGACAAGGCAGGGCGGUGCCAAAUCCUCAAGAUACAUACCAAGACGAUGCGCGAGUCCAACAGGCUGGCGGACGACGUCGACCUGGACGAAAUAUGCGCGAUGACGAACAACUAUUCUGGUGCCGAGUUGGAGGGUAUGGUCAAGUGCGCCGUUUCUUACGCCAUACAACGCCACGUGGACGGCAGCGAUAUCACGAAGCCCAAGGAUAUGGACAAAAUAAUAGUCACCCGGGCUGACUUCCUGCUCGCUCUCAGCGAGGUGCGACCCGCCUACGGUGUCGAUUCUUCGAACCUGAGCGGGUUCACAAGGCACGGAAUAGUGCCAUACGGCCAGAAGUUCCACCAGGUUCUAGAGACGUGCAAAAUCCUCGCAGCUCAGGUGCAAAAAUCAGAAAAAACGCCAGUGCUGUCGGUAUUGCUACACGGUGCUGUGGGCAGCGGGAAAUCUGCGCUUGCAGCUCACGUCGCGUCCGUCACCAACUUCCCGUUCGUGAAGGUGGUCUCGCCGGAAAACUACAUCGGGCUAUCGGAACUGUCAAGGGUUAACGCGAUUCACAAGGCGUUCGAUGAUGCGCACAAAACGCCCCAGUCGCUCAUCAUCCUUGAUGACAUUGAACGGCUGAUCGAUUACUCCCCGAUCGGCCCGCGCUUCAGCAACACGAUUCUGCAGUGCCUGCUGAUUCUAAUCAAAAAGGCUCCCAAGCACGGCCGGCGCAUAUUCGUCAUCGGCACCACGUCCGAGGACUCAUUCAUGGAAAUGGCGAACGUAACGCAAGCGUUCACCGUGGCGGCUGAGGUGCCGAUGGUCACCGGGCCUGCGGAGAUUUACCAGGCACUUAGCGGGGCGUCAUCAGGCGCAGUGCAAUUCCCAGAGGACGAGAUCAACAAGGUCGCAAACUGCGGGAAGAUCAGUACCAUCGGCAUCAAGAGCCUGCUUCUGGCGCUGGAAAUCGCCAUACAGCGUACCGCGGAGGAAGGUGGGAAGCUGAUAUCGUCGUCAACAUUCUUCGAAAGCCUCGAGGCUUCCGGGUACAACCUCAGAAAGUAA